ACGGGCGGAGCCCACUGCAAGUGAUGUAAGGAGCGGAGGGAUCCCACCAGAGUCGGCCUUGAGCGACAAGACCCCAAGGGUGUGGGGCGGGGGAUCCCAGUCCCCGCCCUACUUUCCCCGCCCCGCCCCCCGCCUCCUUUACGCCCCUCCCCCCUCCUCCCCUCUGGUUGGAAAGUUUCUAGAACCUCUUCCCAGCGGCCUUUGCGGUUCCAACAUGGCGGAGCUGACGGUGGAGGUUCGUGGCUCCAACGGGGCUUUCUACAAGGGAUUUAUCAAAGAUGUUCAUGAAGAUUCCCUCACAGUUGUUUUUGAAAACAAUUGGCAGCCAGAACGCCAGGUUCCAUUUAAUGAAGUUAGGUUACCACCACCACCUGAUAUAAAAAAAGAAAUUAGUGAAGGAGAUGAAGUAGAGGUAUAUUCAAGAGCAAAUGACCAAGAACCAUGUGGAUGGUGGCUGGCUAAAGUUCGAAUGAUGAAAGGAGAAUUUUAUGUCAUUGAAUAUGCUGCUUGUGAUGCCACUUACAAUGAAAUAGUCACAUUUGAACGACUUCGACCUGUCAAUCAAAAUAAAACUGUCAAAAAAAAUACCUUCUUUAAAUGCACGGUGGAUGUUCCUGAAGAUUUGAGAGAGGCGUGUGCUAAUGAGAAUGCACAUAAAGAUUUUAAGAAAGCAGUAGGAGCAUGCAGAAUAUUUUACCAUCCAGAAACCACACAGCUAAUGAUACUGUCUGCCAGUGAAGCAACUGUGAAAAGAGUAAAUAUUUUAAGUGACAUGCAUUUGCGAAGUAUUCGUACGAAGUUGAUGCUGAUGUCCAGAAAUGAAGAGGCCACUAAGCAUUUAGAAUGUACAAAACAACUUGCAGCAGCUUUUCAUGAGGAAUUUGUUGUUAGAGAAGAUCUGAUGGGCCUGGCAAUAGGGACACAUGGUAGUAACAUACAGCAAGCUAGAAAGGUUCCUGGCGUUACAGCUAUUGAGUUAGAUGAAGACACUGGAACAUUUAGAAUCUAUGGAGAGAGCGCUGAUGCUGUCAAAAAGGCUAGAGGUUUCUUGGAAUUUGUGGAAGAUUUUAUUCAAGUUCCUAGAAAUCUGGUUGGAAAAGUAAUUGGAAAAAAUGGCAAAGUUAUUCAAGAAAUAGUGGAUAAAUCUGGUGUAGUUCGGGUGAGAAUUGAAGGUGAUAAUGAAAAUAAACUACCUAGAGAAGAUGGCAUGGUUCCAUUUGUAUUUGUUGGCACUAAAGAGAGCAUUGGGAAUGUGCAAGUUCUUUUAGAAUAUCAUAUUGCUUAUCUAAAGGAAGUAGAACAGCUAAGAAUGGAACGCCUACAGAUUGAUGAACAACUCCGACAGAUUGGUUCUAGGUCUUAUAGUGGAAGAGGCAGAGGUCGUCGGGGCCCUAAUUACACCUCCGGUUAUGGAACAAAUUCUGAGCUGUCUAACCCCUCUGAAACAGAAUCUGAGCGUAAAGACGAGCUGAGUGAUUGGUCACUGGCAGGAGAAGAUGAUCGAGAGAGCCGACACCAGCGUGAUAGCAGGCGACGUCCAGGAGGAAGAGGCAGAAGUGUUUCAGGGGGUCGAGGUCGUGGUGGACCACGUGGUGGCAAAUCCUCCAUCAGUUCUGUGCUCAAAGAUCCAGACAGCAAUCCAUACAGCUUACUUGAUAAUACAGAAUCAGAUCAGACUGCAGACACUGAUGCCAGCGAAUCCCAUCACAGUACUAACCGUCGUAGGCGGUCUCGUAGACGAAGGACUGAUGAAGAUGCUGUUCUGAUGGAUGGAAUGACUGAAUCUGAUACAGCUUCAGUUAAUGAAAAUGGGCUAGUCACAGUUGCAGAUUAUAUUUCUAGAGCUGAGUCUCAGAGCAGACAAAGAAACCUCCCAAGGGAAACUUUGGCUAAAAACAAGAAAGAAAUGGCAAAAGAUGUGAUUGAAGAGCAUGGUCCUUCAGAAAAGGCAAUAAAUGGCCCAACUAGUGCUUCUGGCGAUGAAAUUUCUAAGCUACAGCGUACUCCAGGAGAAGAAAAGAUUAAUACCUUAAAAGAAGAAAACACUCAAGAAGCAGCAGCAGUCCUGAAUGGUGUUUCAUAAACUGAAGAAGUUCCUAGUUUACAGUUCUUUUACAUUACAUUUUACAAUAGUGCUUGUACAAGCUUGCCAAAGAUAGAAUAUGGAUCGCCAGUCUUUACAUCGCACUUUCAGUUCCUCCAUUUGGAAUUCAGAAAGGGGAGGGAUCCUGAAGAAAUCAUAUGUUAAACAUACUUUGACACCUACUGUGUUAUAAAAUAUAUCAUCAGAUGUGCCUUGAGAAUAGUAUAUGUAACAUUAAAAAAAGUUGCUGGCUAUAGGAAAUGUUAUUUUGUUUUCAAAAUAUGGCAGAGAUUGGGGGUGGGUGGGUGGGGUGUGGGAUCCCUAAUAUUCUUUAUGAAAGCAUUAGCUGCUUUUGUUACAUUUUUAAUAAUAUGCAACCACUUCUUCACCUGAGGAAAACUAGAAUGAAAUGCAGUCUAAAAUAUUUUGCACUGAAUUGUAAUUUCAUAGUCUGGAAACUGGUCUGUUUUAAUGUGUUUUUUUAAAUGCUGUAUGUAGAGGGAAAUCUGCAGACCACUGGAAUACAUUUGUUAAACUCAUCUGCAGGGACACUGGGUGAUAUUGGCAGUGACUGUUCUACAUUGAGGCUUUGUUUGGUUUAUUUAUUAAAGUGUACAGUAUUUAAAAAUCAAACAUAGCUUUAGUUAAAACACUAAGCUGAAUUAGUCAUGUCCAUUCAGACAUAACCUAAACUACUGAAAAGAUCAAUUUCCAGAAGGUUUAAUUCUGUAUAAACUACAUGUUAGUCUUAAGGUAGGGUAUCUUUUUUUCUUUUCCCUUAUUUUUCCCUUUUUCUUCUUUUUUUUUUUUUAUUUUGGUUGUUUGAUGUGCAAUAUGUUUUUGUAUGCAGGUAGUAAAUAAACUUUGAUCUUCCAUUUGCUGAUUUUUAACUUUCUACUUUUUAAAAAAAAUGUUACAAAGUAGUUGGAGCUACUUGUAGAUCUAGAAUAGUCCUAAUUGCUUUUUAUAAAAGCAUCUAUAUGUGCUCAUAAUUAGUAUGAAAACAUUAGUUGCGAGUUAAUCAUUUUGUAAUGAUCCUUUAAAAUCCCGGCAUUUAGAAUUUAGGGCUUUUAGAAUAGGGCAUGGGAAUAGACUAGUCAUUUGUAGUUAGAAAAGUUUGUACAUGAAGUUACAAUGAAAUGCCACUUUUAAAAGGCACUGUAGUAAAACCCAAAGUGACUUUUCCCUUGGAGGUGUUGCAAAUUAUGACAAGCAAUUUCUAACUAAGGAUUAGGCCACCAGUUUUUUUCUUAAGGAAAUAAUUUUGAGUGUACUCAAUAAUGAUUGAAAGCAAAUAAUUAAAACUUUUAAGCAUAUUCUCUGACAAGACUUUGGGACCAUAAAGUAUGUUACAAUGUUUUAUAAAAAUAGCAGUGACUCAAUUUUAUGAAACAUACAGAUUUAUGGGAUGGUUUUGCUCCAGAGUUUUAUGGGAUGGUUUUGCUCCAGAGUAUUAUAUAGAUUACUGAGCAAUAAUGGCCUCUUUUUGUCAUUUGACAUCUAAAGUUUUUUAUGUGCAUCAUUUGCUAUGCACAUAAAAAAUGUUCAAUGAUUUUAGUUGAUAGAGUGAAAGAAAUUUCAGGGUAUAAAAAUGCAGUAUUUGCCAGGUCAGUUAGCAUAUAAACCUGGCUCUCAGUUUUGUUAUAGUUGAGGUUAUGAUGUGAUGGUAUUAAAAGCUUCUUCCUAAAGUUUUGAUUACUCAGAAUUUUUAACGUAUAAUGUGACUAGUGCCAGCCUUGCAGUUUGAGUAAUAUUUCCAUGUAAGUUCAUGCCCUUAAUUUUAAUAAUUUUCCUAUGCAUCCUUCUCAGAAGUAAGUAAAAUUGUUGACUUACUCUUUGUUUUAUUCACUAAUUGGAUUACAGACAUUAACGUGUAAGAAUUCCCAUCAGUUUCCCCAAUGGUAAAAAUGGUGUAAAGAAAAAAGUUUUUAUUCCAUGUGUGGAAUAUGUUGACUAAAAUUCCUCUUUAUUUCAGUGGUAAUGGGAAAGCAAAAACGCAAAGCCAUCUUAAGUGACUAUAGUAGAAGUUAUUUAAAGCUAGUAACCAACCACAUUCUAGGAAAUAUUCUAGGAAAUCUCAUGUGCAACUGACUAAACUUGCAAUUUCAUUUAGAUAGGCUCUUUUGGGGAGGUAAAUGGUACUUACUGAGAUUUAGAAGUGAAAAGCCUAUUUCCCAAAGGUUACCUAUCACUAUUGAUUCAGGUAGUCUUCCAGAUAAGUUUUACCUUUUUGGCUACUACAUCAGUAAGACAAGGUAUUGCUGUAGGUUAGUUUGCAUUGUAUA